UGAUUAAACCUGCAAGAAAUGGCGUCAAAACUACGAAAAGCUUCCCUGUAAAUACUCUCACCGACGAAACACCCAUUUUAUUACUUCCAUUUUGCAAUUUGCGCACACCCCUUUGCCGUUUUUCCAAACUACUCCCUCGUCCCAAUUCUCCUAUAUAUACACUCAGACAUACACAUACAUACAUAAACAAAACUCCCCCGAGUUCCUCGUACUUGUUUUCUUAUUACCCAGAUCUCAUUUUUGUCUGCAAAAUAUUUUCUUGGAAGGCAUAAUACUUCUCGAACAUGGGGUCAGUUGUUGAUUCCUCAAACAAGGAGGCCAAUGGAAGUGCACUUGCUAAUAAGAAGGUCACUGUUAUUUUUGUUCUGGGCGGCCCAGGCAGUGGUAAGGGUACUCAGUGCGCAAAUAUUGUACAGCACUUUGGAUACACACAUCUUAGUGCCGGUGAUCUUCUCAGAGCGGAAAUGAAGUCUGGUUCAGAGAAUGGGGAAAUGAUUCAGAACAUGAUUAAGGAGGGAAAGAUUGUUCCAUCAGAGGUGACAAUCAAGCUUCUAGAAAAAGCAAUGCUGGACAAUGGUAAUGACAAAUUUCUGAUUGAUGGAUUUCCUCGCAAUGAGGAAAAUCGGGCAGCAUUUGAAGCUGUUACUGGAAUUGAACCAGAAUUUGUCCUCUUUUUUGAUUGUUCUGAAGAAGAGAUGCAAAAGCGCCUUUUGGGCCGAAACCAGGGAAGAGAAGAUGAUAAUAUUGAAACUAUAAAGAAGCGGUUUAAGGUGUACAUGGAAUCUAGUCUUCCAGUUAUCGAGUAUUACAAUGCCAAAGGAAAAGUUCGAAAGAUUGAUGCUGCAAAGCCCGUUGAAGAAGUUUUUGAAGCAGUCAAGGCUUGUUUCACUCCCGUCGCAGCAAGUUAAAUUAAAUGUGAAGAGACAUACAUAUUGAAUUAAAAAUCGUUGAAGAUGUACACACAUCUGAUGUAGUUGAUAUCUUGUAUUGUUAUAUCUUUUUUGCCGUUAUGUAAUACCUCAUGAACAAUCAAUUCGAUUUAGUUACUUUUACAAGGAGGUUACCUUACCUCUUCUAUGUAUGUUCCGUAUAUUCCAUAUUGAUUUUUGGCAAUACGACUAUCAGCUUUGUUGA